AUGCGCGGCCGCCGCCGCCGCCGCGCAGCCCCAGGCGCCGCGCACCCCCCGGCCGCGCCACCGCUGACAGGCGUCCGCACAGAGCGGCGGGCGGAGAGCGGCGGGACCCCCGGCACCGAGCCCCCGCGGCACCGAGCCCCCGGCCCGGCCCGGCCCGGCCCGCGCGAAGGGAUCUCCCCGGGUGCUGCUGGACGCUCGGUCCCGCUCUGCUGCUCCCUGGCUCUCCCCUCCUUCCCUUCCCUCCUCCUCCCUCUCCUCUCUGCGCUUUCCACCUCCCCUGCUCCUGAGUGAGCGCAGCCUCGGAUGUCCGGUUUCCUGGUGGGUUUUUUACCUGGCAAACUCUGGAUAACUUUGGUGAGAAUUUGCAAAGCGGCUGGGAAAGUUGGGAACUUCCCCUGCCGGCGCAUAGGAGCUGCUGCUACCGCAUCUUCUCCAUCCCACGGAUUUUACUGCCUUGGAUAUUGCGAGGGGAGGGAGGGGGGAAAGGACAGCGAAAGAAGGGGGGAGAGGAAAAAAAGGAGCCUCAUAAUUUCGGCAGCAUUUGUCCGACUGCCCCGUCCGCGCCCGCUCUGCCAUCCCUGCACCAUGCACUUGCUGGAGGUGCUCUCCCUGAGCUGCUGCCUGGCUGCCGGUGCCGUGCUCCUGGGACCCCGGCAGCCGGCCGCUGCCGCCGCCUACGAGUCCGGCCAGGGCUACUACGAGGAGGAGCCCGAGGCGGGGGAGGCAAAGGCUCAUGGAAGCAAAGACCUGGAAGAGCAGUUGCGGUCUGUGUCCAGUGUGGAUGAACUCAUGACAGUACUUUACCCAGAAUACUGGAAAAUGUUCAAAUGUCAGUUGAGGAGAGGAGGUUGGCAGCACAACAGGGAACACUCCAGCUUUGACACGAGAUCAGAUGAUUCCAUUAAAUUUGCCGCAGCGCACUAUAAUGCAGAGAUCCUGAAAAGUAUUGAUACUGAAUGGAGAAAAACUCAGUGCAUGCCACGUGAAGUGUGUGUGGAUGUGGGAAAAGAGUUUGGAGCAACUACAAACACCUUCUUUAAACCCCCAUGUGUAUCCAUCUACAGAUGUGGAGGUUGCUGCAAUAGUGAAGGACUUCAGUGUAUGAAUAUCAGCACAAAUUACAUCAGCAAGACACUGUUUGAGAUCACAGUGCCUCUGUCGCACGGCCCCAAGCCCGUCACCGUCAGUUUUGCCAAUCACACGUCCUGCCGGUGCAUGUCCAAGCUGGAUGUUUACAGACAAGUCCACUCCAUCAUCAGACGUUCCCUGCCAACAGCACAAACUCAGUGUCAUGUGGCAAACAAGACCUGUCCGAAAAAUCAUAUUUGGAAUAAUCAAAUUUGCAGAUGUUUGUCACAGCAUGAUUUUGGCUUCUCUUCUCACCUUGGAGAUUCUGACACAUCUGAGGGAUUCCAUAUUUGUGGACCAAACAAGGAGCUGGAUGAAGAAACCUGUCAAUGUGUCUGCAAAGGAGGCGUACGGCCCUCGAGCUGUGGACCUCACAAAGAGUUAGACAGAUCAUCGUGUCAGUGCAUGUGCAAAAACAAACUUAUCCCUGCUUCCUGCGGGCCCAACAAGGAAUUUGAUGAAGAAAAGUGCCAGUGUGUAUGUAAAAAGACCUGUCCUAGACAUCAGCCGCUAAAUCCUGCAAAAUGCGUCUGUGAAUGUAUAGAAUCUCCCAAUAAAUGUUUCUUGAAAGGAAAAAGGUUCCAUCACCAGACAUGCAGUUGUUACAGACCUCCGUGUACAGUGCGGACGAAACGCUGCGAGGCUGGAUUUUACUUCAGUGAAGAAGUGUGCCGCUGUGUACCCACAUAUUGGAAAAGACCACUUAUGAACUAGCAAAGAGAGCACUACUUGCCAUGUUGGUGUACAUUUUUCCAUUAGAUCAAAAGAACAGCGGAAACUUUGCUAAUAUUUGGAAUUAAAUGUUCACCAGAGACCCUGUGGGGCUUUCAGAGACAGACUCGUGCUUUUCUCAAGACGUGGAAAGCAAAUGCAGAAGACAACUGAGGUUCACGUUUUGUAAAGAACUCAAUAAGGACUUAUUUUCUGUCAAUGACCAAACAGCCUAGGUUCUCCUUCUUGUGAUUUUUUUUUUUUAAGAGAUAAUGACUAUAUAAUUUAUUUCCACUAAAACCAUCGUGCAGCAUUUCUGUUUAUAGCAGUAACAAUUGUUAAAGCUCACUGUGAUCAAUAUUUUUAUAUCAUGCAAAGUAUGUUUAAAAUAAAAUGGAAAUCAUAUUAUA